AAGUUCCCAGUUCUGUGUCAGUGUGCCCUCUGGAGCAGCCCCACGUAUCUGAGCAGCUGUUUUUGAAGGAAGGUGGCUGGGAGGGCUCUAGGAUUUUAUGUCCCAUCAGGGACACUGACGUCUGUGCUGGUUUACAGCGUUUCUGACUUCCUGCUGAGUUCCAAAUUGCUAGUUUGGCGGGAAAGCAAAACUUGGCAGCAAAUGUCUAAAAUGAAGACCCCCCAGACUUUUGAGGAGCAAACGGAAUGCAUUGUGAACUUUCUCCUCGAAGACUUCUUAGGCAUACCAUCGCAGGCUACUGCCACCCGGAACCUGUGUGGUGCGGAUGAAGUGGAUUCAGGAGAGGCUUGCUCCUUUGACGUGGCCAUCAUUGCCGGUCGCCUUCGGAUGUUGGGGGACCAGCUCAACAAAGAACUGGAAGAACCUGCCGAAAGCAUCAUCAAAGCAACCAUUCAGGGACAGGUAGGAGCUGUUCUUCAGAACACAGUAGACACUCUCGUCAAUACCUGGCGUGCUCAGGAUUCUACCUUAGAUUAUGUGAUAGCGUUUUUGGCAGUGUCAGUGAAACUCCUUGAACGUGUGGCCCACGUGGCUCCUGAAAUGGCAAGACAGGUGGUGAGCCCCAUAACAAAUAUGAUCAAUGGGAAUGGCGCCGUCCGGAAGUUCAUCCAGGGCCAGGGAGGUUGGGAAAAUGUGGAGAGCUGAAGAGGAGGCGGAACUGUUUCCCAACCUGAACAUCUCUCUCUUUGACUGAUCAGGUGAUCGAUUUCUGGCAAUUAAAACGGAUGAACAACCAAAUAAAAAACAAAACAAACACUUACUGAA